AUGGCGGCGGCCGCGGCGCUCCCGGGCGCGGGCGGGCCUCCCGCGGGCGGCGGCGCCGGGGGCGGCGGGGGCGCGGGCGGCGGAUCCCCGCCGGGCGGCUGGGCCGUGGCGCGCCUCGAGGGCCGCGAGUUCGAGUACCUGAUGAAGAAGCGCUCGGUGACCAUCGGGCGCAACUCGUCGCAGGGCUCGGUGGACGUGAGCAUGGGCCACUCGAGCUUCAUCUCGCGGCGCCACCUCGAGAUCUUCACGCCCCCGGGCGGCGGCGGCCAUGGCGGGGCGGCCCCGGAGCCGUCGGCGCAGCCCGGGCCCGACGCGGGCGGCGACUUCUACCUGCGCUGCCUCGGCAAGAAUGGCGUGUUCGUGGACGGCGUGUUCCAAAGGCGCGGGGCGCCGCCACUGCAGCUGCCGCGCGUGUGCACGUUCAGGUUCCCGAGCACAAACAUCAAGAUCACAUUCACUGCCCUGUCCAGCGAGAAGAGGGAGAAACAGGAAGCGCCCGAGUCCCCCGUGAAGCCCGUGCAGGCUCACAUCUCGCCGCUGACCAUCAACAUUCCAGACACCAUGGCCCACCUCAUCAGCCCCCUCCCCUCCCCCACAGGAACCAUCAGUGCUGCGAAUUCCUGUCCAUCCAGCCCCCGGGGAGCAGGGUCUUCAGGGUACAAAAUGGGCCGUGUGAUACCAUCUGACCUCAAUUUAAUGGCCGACAACUCACAGCCAGAAAAUGAGAAGGAAGCUUCAGGUGGAGACAGCCCAAAGGAUGAUUCAAAGCCACCUUAUUCCUAUGCACAAUUAAUCGUACAAGCAAUUACGAUGGCUCCUGAUAAACAACUCACCCUAAAUGGAAUUUAUACGCACAUCACGAAAAACUAUCCCUACUACAGGACUGCGGACAAGGGCUGGCAGAAUUCAAUUCGCCACAAUCUCUCUCUGAAUCGUUAUUUCAUCAAAGUACCACGUUCCCAGGAAGAACCAGGCAAAGGCUCAUUCUGGAGGAUAGACCCUGCCUCUGAAAGCAAAUUAAUAGAGCAGGCUUUUAGGAAAAGACGGCCUAGGGGCGUGCCUUGCUUUAGAACCCCUCUGGGACCGCUCUCCUCUAGAAGUGCCCCAGCCUCCCCCAAUCAUGCUGGAGUGCUGUCUGCUCACUCCAGUGGCGCCCAGACCCCUGAGAGCCUGUCGAGGGAAGGUUCACCAGCCCCUCUGGAGCCCGAGCCUGGUGCCUCACAGCCCAAACUCGCUGUCAUCCAGGAGGCACGGUUUGCCCAGAGUGCACCAGGCUCACCUCUGUCUAGUCAGCCCGUCUUAAUCGCCGUGCAGCGACCACUGCCACCGACGAUCAAGCCUGUUACCUACACUGUCGCCGCCCCUGUGACCACCUCGACCUCCCAGCAGCCCGUCGUGCAGACGGUUCAUGUCGUCCACCAGAUCCCAGCGGUGUCUGUCACCAGCGUGGCCGGACUGGCCCCGGCAAAUACGUACACCGUCGCAGGACAGGCUGUGGUCACUCAGGCGGCCGUGCUGGCCCCCCCUAAGGCAGAGCCACAAGAGAAUGGAGACCACAGAGAAGUAAAAGUGAAAGUAGAACCUAUUCCUGCGAUUAGCCAUGCCACACUAGGUGCCGCUGGCCGGAUCAUUCAGACGUCACAGACCACCCCUGUCCAGACGGUCACCAUAGUGCAGCAGGCACCUCUAGGUCAGCACCAGCUUCCAAUAAAAACUGUAACACAAAACGGGACUCACGUGGUGCCAAUCCCCGCCGCCAUCCACGGCCAGGUGAAUAAUGCAGCAGCGAGUCCCUUGCACAUGCUGGCGACACACGCCUCGGCGUCGGCCUCCCUGCCCACCAAGCGCCAGAACGGCGACCCGGCGGAGCAGCCAGAGCUAAAGCGGGUCAAGACAGAAGAUGGCGAGGGCCUCGUCAUCGCCCUGAGCAUGGAUGCGCCGCCGGCAGCCGUGCGGGAGAAGGGCGUCCAGAACUAGCGGCCAGGAGAGUGUUUCUCACUUUAACGUCAACUCUGUGGUGCCAAAAGGAGACACUGCCUCUCACCGACGCUCAGAGCGCGUUCCCUCGGUGGGUAGAGGGCCCUGCGGUUGGACUUCACCUCAGCACUGGAAACACAAACCCAGGUGGCCUUAAAACUCCUUAAUUUAAAGACUGAAGUCACCCCUGAACAAAACCACACGCAGCAAAGCUGGGCUCCGGCAGUGUCUCCCCGCCCCGCGCUCAGCUUAGUUCCGAGUAGAUACUCUCAGUCCUUCCGAGGGAGGACGCACCCGGUGCGAGCAGGCCUGCUGGGCCGGAGCCACCCCGCCACCAGUAGACAAGACAGUAUUUUGUUGUUCACACGUGGAAUUAGAAUAUUUUGAGGUGUACUUUCUUUCUUUACAAAAUAAUGGGGUCUUUGACAUUUCAGAUCACUCCAUUUCUACUCUGGUAAUUUUGGAAUCACACAGGACCUUUUGUGUGGAUUUCAUUUGGGGAGAAGAAACAAAGUAGUUUUGUUUGUUUUUGUUGUUUGUUUUCAGCCUAUGGAAUGAUUUACUUUUGUCUGUCCUGUUUAAGUUAAGUGGAGCUACUUGACAUCUACAAAUUUUCCACGUUAGAGCAGUUACCUGAAUUAAUCCACCUCCAUUUCCGUGUGUAAGACGGACAGACACACAGACGGACACCCGCGGGCCACUUGUAACCCUGACGGAAAGAGCUGCCAGGCUCGCGGAGCUGCACUUAUCCAUUUCUCUUUCUUGCUACUUUUUGUUGUUUGUUUCUUUGUGUUGACUUUGUCCCUGGCAUAAUUUUCCACGCUAAGUAAAACAAGUCUCCUAUGUAUUGUGUAUGUUUAAAACAAAAGAACUAUUACUUCUUCAUUUGGAAAAAAAGAUUCAAUCUUUUAUCACACACCCUUUUCAAACAAACAUCACAGAUCUCUCCGUGGCACGUUCGCUAUUUUAGGUGCCGUCACCAGCUCUCGGCAUCGUCCGACCAGCCGGCCACCCGAUGAUGGUGCGGUUUGCCCCCCUCAUGGCAGGAGCAGCUGCUGGGGUGGAGCAGAAGCUGCCUGUUGAUACAAGGGUCUUGGAAGCAGGCACCCUCUGUCCCGGUAAGCAUUGGAAACACCUAGGUUGCUUUCUGAUUUGUAAUAGGAAAUUCCCCUCAACCUUUUAGAACUGAAUUCAGUACUAAGGCUGACUUCUCUCCUACAAAAAAUAAAAGCGAAAGGAAAGGAAACAAAGGUGAGAGAAUGAGAAGUAGGAGGCCCGCACGGCCUCAGCCCAUGUACCUCCAGAAGAAAGCCACUCACCUUUCCAGAGGGUUCUGGGGGUCAGAGCUGAGCAGCAUGCAAACAGAAAGAGGGCUUUGGCCUUAUUGUGAAUUUUUAAAUGUCAUCGUCAUUAUUUAUUUAAAUGUAGUUAUUUUGGUAUUUAAUUUUUUUUUUAAAGAGAGGAAAAAACCCCUGUAUUUUCCUGGUGGAAUGAAACAGCUCAGAAUGGUAUAUUUAGGCAAUUUUAAAACAGUUAUUAUUUACCUAAAGACCAAAUAUGAUAAACCUGUUCUAAGUAUUGUGUGUCAAUCCACGGUAUGGAGCUGUCACAAUGUUGUUGCAGAUAAUGCAUAUUAAAAAUUAUGAAAUUACUGCACACUAGCUGGAUUUAUAACUCAGCCAUUUAAAAAAUAAAAACGAAACCAUCAUGUGAAUGAGA